AUGAGCAUCUCCCUUGACGCGCAGAAGCUGAAGCUGGUCUUUGGCUCGCGCCCUGACAUAAUUGAGGGCAUCGGCCGUGCUGCUGAUUCCCCUGGCAGAGUCGCUCUUUUCAACGAGAUCGCCACACAUGUCUACGAUCACUUACAAGCAAGCGACGAGCCGGCCCAGAAACGACGAAAGGUGGACAAUGGUGCCGGGUCGGGUGAAGCUGCUGCUGCCGCCAAAGCCACGGCAGCGGGCAAUGCGGCAGACGAGCCGGUGCUCCUCGAAGUGAAGGAAAUCUCCGUGUCGGUGCCUCAGCGCAAGAAGUUUGAGCUGUGCUUUACGGAGAAUUACAUAUAUGCCCGCGCACCGGGUACCACGGCGCCCGUGUCAAACAUUGUGCAUGCCUGGACAGACAUCGAGUACAUAUUCUACCUGCCAGUCCCGGAAAAGACACAGGUGCAGCACAACUACAUCCUGUUCCCACGCGGCUCGUCACUGCCGUCCAAGAAUAGCGAGGCCUCGUCACCGGAACCGCUCGUCUUCACAAUCCCGGCCACGGCGCCCAAGCAGGGCACGGUCGGGGGCAGCGAGGCGGGCAGCGCCUCGGCCGUGUCGGACACGUACAAGGCGCUGUUCCACUGGGCCAUCGGGACGCGCCUGCAGGCCGUAGGCAGCCCCGUCACCAUCACGUCGGCCAACCCGGGCAAGUUCCACAGCGUCAUCAGGCAGGCACAUCGGCCCAACGAGAAGGCCGUGCACGUGGGCGGGUACAGGGGCAGCAAGGACGGCUUCCUCUUCUUCCUGGAGAACGGCAUCCUGUGGGGCUACAAGAAGCCACUCAUCUUCAUCCCGCUCAGCCGCAUCUCCGCCAUCAGCUACACGAGCAUCCUCCAGGUCACCUUCAACAUCGUGGUCGAGGUGCUGACCGGCAGCGACGGCGGCAGCGACGAUACCGAGGAGUUCGAGUUCGGCAUGAUUGACCAGCAGGACUACGGCGGCAUAGACUGCUACAUAAAGGACAACCGCCUCCAGGACCGCAGCAUGGCGGAGCAGAGGAAGGCCAAGCUUCAGCUGGCCGAGAACAAGGCCAAGAAGGGGGAGGCCGCCGACGGGGACGGAGCCCCCGAAGACGAUACGACGGAACUCGAACGUGCCCAGCAGGAGGUGGACCAGCAGAUGCAGGGUGCCGACGAGGAUGAUGAGGAGGAGGAUGAAGAGGACUACGAUCCUGGAAGUGAUGGUGAGAGCGAGGGAUCGGGUGAUUCUUCGGGUGAUGACGACGACGACGACGAUGAUGAUGACGACGACGAUGCAGAGGGUGAAGAUGGUGAAGACGAAGAGGAGGAGGAGGAGGAGGAAGGAAGAGAACAAGUCAAGAAGGAAGAGGAAGACGCCGCCCCUGUUAAGUCGGGAGGCGUCCCCGUGAGACAGGGAUGGGCUUCCUUGAGCAACUCGUGA